CUUCUUCUCCAGAUCCUCCCUCCCUCCCUCCCAUCUUCAAGCUCGCGGCGAAGUCUCGGAGCGCGAGACCGAGUCGCCGCGCUUCCGAUUUCGCCCCCUGCACGAACCCAAUUUCGAGCUUCGCGUGAUCCGCAGCUGCAGAUUCUCAUGCUGUGAAGAGAACCCAGAUCGUCGUUUCCCCCGAGCGCGCGUACCCCCCAGCCCGGGCGAGGUCAACCAUGGCGGUCCGCAGGGACGGGUCGCUGAUGCGGGACAAGGGUCAACUGUUCAGCGGAUCUCGCAUCGCCGCGGCCAUCGCCGUCGGGGUCCUGCUCGGCUGCGCGCUCGCUUUCCUGUACCCCCGCGGCCUCUUCGGCGCCGCUCCGGGCGCCCGGAUCGCUUCGAUAUCGGAUCUCCAGUCUGGGUCAUCCUCAUGUGAAUCGUCGGAGAGGGUCAACUCGCUGAAAUCUGACAUUGCAUUGUUAUCUGAGAAGAACACGGCACUCAAGAACCAAAUCAGGGUAUUGAAUGAGAGACUCAGGUCAGCAGAACAAGGAAAAGAUCAUGCACAGAAUCAGUUCUCAGCAUUGGGCGCUCAGCACAAAGCUGGACCAUUUGGAACGGUCAAGGGCUUGAGGACCAAUCCAACUGUCAUGCCUGAUGAAACGGUGAGCCCGAGAUUGGCCAAGCUGUUGGAUGAAGUUGCCAUAGGAAAAGAGCUUAUAGUGGCACUUGCUAAUUCCAAUGUGAAAGAAAUGUUGGAGGUCUGGUUCACCAGCAUUAAAAGAGUUGGCAUACCUAACUACCUAGUCGUAGCCUUAGACGAUGAGAUUGAAAAUUUGUGCAAGUUAAAUGAUGUUCCCGUGUACAAGAGGGACCCUGAUCAAGACAUCGAUGCAGUUGGGAAGAGUGGAGGCAACCAUGCUGUCUCUGGUUUGAAAUUCCGCAUUCUGAGGGAGUUUCUGCAGCUGGGUUACAGUGUCCUGCUCUCAGAUGUCGAUAUUGUCUACUUACAAAAUCCUUUUGAUUAUCUUUACCGCGAUUCUGAUGUUGAAUCCAUGAGUGACGGUCACAGUAACUAUACGGCUUACGGAUAUAAUGAUGUUUUCGAUGAACCUGCCAUGGGUUGGGCUCGAUAUGCACAUACUAUGAGAAUAUGGGUUUACAACUCCGGUUUCUUCUACAUGAGACCCACGAUUCCUUCAAUUGAGCUUUUGGACCGCGUGGCAGGUCGGCUUUCCCGGGAGAAUGCAUGGGACCAAGCAGUUUUCAACGAGGAGCUCUUUUUCCCAUCGCAUCCUGGGUAUGAUGGUCUUCAUGCUGCAAAGAGAACGAUGGACUUCUACCUUUUCAUGAACAGUAAGGUGCUCUUUAAGACAGUGAGGAAAGAUGCCAAACUAAGUAAGUUGAAGCCCGUCAUUGUCCAUGUCAAUUAUCACCCUGAUAAACUCCCUCGAAUGAAAGCAAUCGUUGAGUUUUACAUCAAUGGUAAGAAGGAUGCUCUGCAAACAUUCCCUGAUGGUUCUGAAUGGUAGGAAGACAAGGGGAUCUGGUCCUUAUCUAACCUCCAAACUCGACUCAGCUUUCCUUUUUCUAGCUUUUGAUAUACUGGAUAAAUAUGGCUUUUGAUCCGAUGCCUUUUCUAAAGCAAUGUGAAAUGUGUCUGUAACUUUAUCCAUUUGGUUUCAAUGUAUUCGUUUUGAAGUA